UUGCUUCUCCCCCAAUUCCAAGGUUUAAUUAGGGUUUUGCAGCAUUAACGCUCACCACCCCUUUCCCUCCAUUUCCUCUCUCUCUUAGUCACUCUCUCACUUCUCUCCCAACCGCCAAUUCUCUCUCUCUCCUCUUCCCAUCUAGGUAUGUUCCCUCUUACAUCAUUCAAACACUCACUUUCUCUAUAUUAACAUUUAUCGCUAAUUUCACUUUCCUCUAUGUAUUGCUAAUUGUUCAAUGGCAAGAGGCCCUAUAAUACAAUUCUUCCGCAUUUAUACCUCCAGAGAAAAACGCCUCUGUAGGGUUAGGGUUUCCUUGCUCUCCAAUCGGUUCUUUCAUUCGUCUGAACAGUCGCACAGGUCUGACCUGCCAAAAUCCCUACUUUUCCACUCUAUUGAUCCAUUUCCAACCACCCAAUUCAACCCAUUGAAGAACCAAUUCAGGGUUUCAAAUUUCAGCAAAAACCCAUUUUCCACGCUUGUGGAAAAUGAGAGUGGCAGUUCAGAUUCGGCUAAUAUCCUCGCAUCCGAGCCUAAUGAGGUUGAAUUGGAACCAAAUGAGGCACAAACUUGCGAUUUAGAGUCCAAAUCUAAUAUGAAUUUUGCCCGUACAGCGACUCGUGAUCCAGCAGAAAUUUAUAGGGAGCUUCGUGAUAGCCCGAAAAAUGAUAAACUAACCCGGGCGGAUUGGGACACAUUAGUGGAAGUUUUCCGGUGUUUUUCAAAGUCCGGUUGGGCUUCCAAUCAGGCCCUUGCAGUAUAUAUAGGGGCAUCUUUUUUCCCGACUGCUGCGCAUAAGUUUAGGAGUUUUUUCUUUAAGAAAUGUCGCGUUGAAAUUGUGAAGUAUUUGGUAUCCCUUGGCCCAGGCGAUGAGGCUGAGAAGUUUUUGUUUCCGGUAUUUGUUGAAUUUUGUUUAGAAGAGUUUCCAGAUGAAAUAAAAAGGUUUAGGAGUAUGGUGGUGUCCGCGGAUAUGACAAAGCCACAUACAUGGUUUCCGUUUGCUCGGGCAAUGAAACGAAGGAUUAUAUAUCAUUGUGGUCCGACUAAUAGUGGUAAAACUUAUAAUGCAUUGCAGAGGUUUAUGGAGGCAAAGAAGGGUAUUUAUUGUAGUCCUCUUAGGCUUUUGGCUAUGGAGGUUUUUGAUAAGGUGAAUGCAUUGGGAGUUUAUUGUAGUCUCCAUACAGGACAGGAAAAGAAGUAUGUUCCAUUCUCAAAUCACAUUGCUUGUACAGUAGAAAUGGUGUCGACAGAUGAAUUGUAUGAUGUGGCCGUUGUUGAUGAAAUUCAAAUGAUUGCUGACCCGUGCAGAGGGUAUGCAUGGACCAGGGCUUUACUAGGAUUGAAAGCUGAUGAGAUUCAUUUGUGUGGUGAUCCUAGUGUUUUGGCCAUUGUGAGGAAGAUAUGUAUGGAAACUGGAGAUGAAUUGUUGGAACGGCACUAUGAGAGAUUUAAGCCACUAGUGGUUGAAGCUAAGACCCUCUUAGGAGAUCUCAAGAAUGUGAGGUCCGGGGAUUGUGUUGUUGCAUUCUCAAGAAGAGAGAUAUUUGAGGUAAGACUGGCAAUUGAGAAGUACACAAACCACCGCUGUUGUGUUAUAUAUGGUGCAUUGCCUCCAGAGACUCGUAGGCAGCAAGCUAACUUGUUUAAUGAUGAAGAUAAUGAAUUUGAUGUCUUGGUUGCCAGUGAUGCAGUGGGAAUGGGUUUGAACCUUAACAUCAGGAGGAUUGUUUUUUAUAGUCUUUCAAAGUACAAUGGUGACAAGAUUGUCCCGGUUCCGGCAUCCCAGGUGAAACAGAUUGCCGGAAGAGCUGGUCGGAGAGGAAGUCGAUAUCCAGAUGGACUGACGAGCACCUUGCAUCUAGAUGAUUUGGGUUACUUGAUUGAGUGCUUGAAGAAACCGUUUGAUGAAGUUAAGAAACUGGGUCUCUUUCCAUUCUUUGAGCAGGUUGAGUUAUUUGCAGGGCAACUUCCAAAUGCUACUUUCUCCCAGCUACUUGAAAAGUUUGGUGAAAACUGCCUUUUAGACAUGAGUUACUUCUUGUGCCGACAUGAUCAUAUAAAGAAAGUGGCUAAUAUGUUAGAGAAGGUUCAGGGAAUAUCUCUAGAAGAUCGUUUCAAUUUUUGCUUUGCCCCAGUUAAUAUCAGAGAUCCAAAGGCAAUGUACCAUCUUCUGAGAUUCGCCUCAUCAUAUGCCCAAAAGCUGCCCGUUAGUAUAGCGAUGGGCAUGCCCAAAGGUUCUGCUCGUAAUGACACAGAGCUCUUGGAUCUUGAGACUAAGCACCAAGUGUUGUCUAUGUAUCUAUGGUUGUCUAAUCACUUCAAGGAGGAAACUUUCCCAUUUGUCAAGAAGGCUGAGGCAAUGGCUACCGAUAUUGCUGAGUUACUGGGUCAGUCACUCACCAAAGCCUGCUGGAAACCAGAAUCAAGGCAUGCAGGGAAAGCAAAGCCUCAAGAGAAGAAAGAUACUUAUGAGAGGCCAAGGUCCCUCGUCAAGUUAUAUGAGAAGAAAAGGCGUGAAAAAUCCUCACUGCAACAGCAUCUGGAGAAAGUAGCUGCAUAGUGCGUCUUCCAAUCAGUAGCUUCCCUGGGUAAUUAGUUUGCAGGGGAACCCGCCUUCUUUCUGGAAUAAUUUUGUUAAUGAGUCUCGGAUAAGUUGUAAUUUGGAAAUACUUAGACUGCAAAAUGAUUUCAUUACAAGCUCAUUUUUGUAUGCUUCUUAAGUUUGGGUAAUGUUGAGAGGAACAAAUACAAAUUGAGUUUAAUGUGCUCUUUUAGACUAAAACCAUUACUUAAAGCCCAUCUGCUGGACAUGCUCUCCAAAGAAAAUAUCAUUUAGGUCCAGUAAUCAUUGACCUGAUAUUUUACUCAUUUUAUAUAAUGCAAUGUUCUGAAUAUAUAGGUGACUAAGAUUUCUUGAUGAUAGUAGUAUUAGUUACAUUCUACGCACCCUUGAGUAGAUCAAACAAUGAAUACUAUGAUGAGCUAGGAAGUGCAAGACUGUGAUGUUUUCUGUACGAGGAUAUACUUGAUUGCAUAUUGGCAUAUUUGUGACAGGUCCAUCACAAAGUUUUAAAAGCAUUGGCUUAGUUUUUGUAGUUUUAGUCAUCAUACUUUGAACUAGAUCAAACAAUAGGUAUUAUGAUGAGGCUGGAGGUGUAAGACCAUGACAUGUGCUAGGAGAAAUUGUCUUGAUUGCAUAUUGGCACAUUAAUUGGAAUCUUGUAGUUUACUAGGGUCAGUGAUGUCUACAUGAAAUUUUACUGGACAUUUAGCAUUAUUCUUCCUUCUUACGACCUCAAUUUUGGUAAAGAUGCUGGUUGUA